GCUGCAAACCUUUUGACUCUCACCAACUGGCCAUCCCGCUAUGGACACCAAUUACUUGAAGCAGACAGUUGGGCCCCUUCUGUCAUCAGCCCUUAGCGCCCUUCUGAGCUAUGGCUACGAUACUUCUCUGGAGGGUCCUCGAGGUCUUGAUGCGAUUAGUUUUAUAGGAGAAUAUUUGCUGCAUCACGAUGCAUCACAAAAGACUAUUGCAGAACAUCAUAAAAGACGGGCAAAAUUGCAAGCCAUGCAGGAUGCUCUUGUAGCUGCGCAACAGACGGAACGUGAGCAUCGUCGUCGUUUUGAAGAAGAGGUGAAGGUGCGCAUGACGGCCAUCUUAGAACAAGAGAAACGGGUGGAAGAGGAGCGGCAGGCAAAAGAGGCCGAAGCGCUAGAAGCAGAAAAGAAGGCUGCAGCUAGUGAAGAAGAACCUGUUCAGGAGAACGUUGAAAUCGAGCCUCGACGAGGUGUCCCAGAACCCAUCCAAGAAGGCGAGGAGGAGAAAGAAGAAGGAGCAGAUGCACAAACGGCGCAGCCUACAGAGCCUUCCGAGCCUAUUGAGGAAGAGCAGCCUACUGCCACAGAAGUGUCGGCUGAAGAUGAGAAUCCCCCGCCCCCAGUCAACAUCACCGAGACUACAAUAGCUGAGGAGAAGGAGGAGGACGAAUAUUAACUUAUUAGUUGCUGAACAAAAAGCCAGAUUGGGUGAUGUCCUGUAAAUUCGAGAAUACACUGGGUUGCUGAUGAAGUUAAGCUGACCCUACCAGAUA